GAGAAAAGAAGUGAAGAAAAAUGGUUGGUCAAGCCUACGAUACCAAGAACUCCGUUUCUGCUACUAAUCCCACCGAGAAUGUUGUUCUCUCCCAAGGUUCCAUUAUCAAUCUCGAUCAAGGUGAUCCGACAAUUUUUGAGUCGUAUUGGAGGAAGAUGGGUGACAAGUGUACGACAGAGAUUUCAGGCACUGACUGCAUGAGCUAUUUCAGUGAUGCCGGGAACUUAUGCUGGUUUCUGGAGCCACAGCUCUCCGAUACGAUCAAGAGGCUGCAUCGUACGGUUGGUAAUGCAGUGACAGAAGAUCGAUACGUGUUGGUGGGGACUGGCUCAACACAGCUGUUUCAGGCCGCGCUUUACGCUCUCAGUUCUCCUAGUGGGAACGAAAGCAUCAGUGUUGUGUGCGCUGCCCCCUACUACUCGUCAUACAAAGAGGAGACAGAAUUCCUGCAAUCAGGGCUCUAUAAGUGGGCUGGCGAUGCAUAUGCCUUUGAUAAGGAUGGACCUUACAUUGAGGUUGUCACCUCACCAAACAAUCCUGAUGGUGCUAUCCGAGAAGCUGUGGUGAACAGAGAGGAAGGCAAGCUUAUCCAUGAUCUUGCCUAUUACUGGCCACAAUACACAUCCAUUACUCGCCCAGCAGAUUAUGAUAUCAUGCUGUUCACAUUUUCCAAAAGCACCGGACAUGCUGGUUCCCGAAUUGGAUGGGCUCUGGUUAAGGAUAAAGUGGUGGCCAGGAAGAUGACUAAAUUCAUAGAGGUUAGCUCCAUUGGUGUAUCUAAAGAAUCACAGCUUCGAGCUGCAAAGAUCCUAGGAGUUCUUAUUGAAAACUGCCAGCAUCUUGGGACUGCUGAUUCCGACAACUUCUUUGAGUACAGCCAGGGCCUCCUGACUAAAAGAUGGGAGAAAUUGCGAGAUGUUGUUAAAAACAGUCAAAUUUUCAGUCUGCCAAAGUACCCACAAAAGUGGUGCAGUUUCACUGGAAAGUACACAGAAUCACGUCCUGGCUUUGCAUGGUUGAAGUGCAAGGCGGAUAUAGACUUUGAAAUUCUAUUAAGAUCACAUAAGAUACUGACAAGGGGUGGGGAGCGUUUCGGAGUUGGUCGACAGUACGUCAGGAUCAGCUUGCUCAGUCAAGAAGAAGCAUUUAACCUUUUUCUGGAGAGAUUAUCAGCAAUCAAAGGGCAAGGCAUCAUCAGUGAAGAAAAUCACAUGUAACA